UUUCAACUAAUUUUAAUUGGCCUAUAAAGAACCAGCGUUAUUUUUAUAGGUAAAGAAAAAUUCCCCCAAAAAUUAAAGAAUACAGAAAUGAAGAAGGACCCCUAAUCCAGACCCUCCUUGAUGAUAGAGCACAGCACAGUUCAUAAAAAAAUGAAUUAAGACUGACACUGUCACUGUAUAAUAAAUGUAUUUUGCAGGCAACCAGCUGCAACAGAAAAACAACUGAAAAAGACAAUGAGCUGGCAAAGUAUAUUAUCAUGAUUAUAGUAAUAAUGGUGAUAGGAAUUGCAAUUGACUUAAAACAUCCGUUUGCACGUUUUACAACUAGUGGAAUAAUCGCAGAUAAACUUUUCCUGAUGCAUUGGAAAGCUGUGGAAAUACUACAAGUUGAUCUAGGUUUGAAAUGCAUGUUCAUUACAAGCGAUGAGAAUGAUGAUAAUCAUGAUAAUAGACACUCAUUAGUUAACAGAGCUAAUAUUUUCUCACCUGACCAGAGAUAUAUUUAUUUUGUGUCUGAUGUGCCACACUUGAUAAAAACAACCCGCAAUUGUUUUUUCGAAUUAAAACUUUUAUGAAAUGACAAGGAAGAUGUGGAAGGAUGGCAAGGACAUUUCAUGGUUGCACAUUGUGGAUUUGCUACAAGAACACUGCACUGGACUAUAUAGAGUGUGCCCAAAACUCACAAGAGCCCAUAUUAAUUUUGGACUAUUCUUGUGUAUGAAAGUGAAUUUUGCUGCUCAAAUACUGAGUUCAACAGUGGCAACAAUUGUUUUAUUGGAGACAAUGUGUCAGAAAAAAUGUCAUUUCCAGUGUCAGAUGAUAGCUUACUAUGACAAACGUUUGAGCGAUUACAAAAUAUCUGAUGGAGACAAACUGUUUCUGUUUCAUAAGAAAAGACAAAUGACCUUUACUACACCAGAUGCAUGUGCAAUAUCAGCUCAAAAUAUAACCUGGGGAAAAUUAGAAAACUUUUUGAAAAGACAUUUUACUCAUCAAGAUGCUGAAAAAGUAGCAACAGAAUUUAAAAAGGAUUUCUACAACAGAAUAGAUAGUCUUAGUUUGGAUGAUAUAGAGAGAUUAGCCAUUUGUCAUCUCCUUACUCGUAGAUGAAAAAGGAACUUAGGACUUUUGACAUGGAGCAUUUGAAGAAGAAAGAACAAUACAUGUGCUGGAAUAAUUAACAGAUUUUAAAGGAUUUUUAUUUCAGAUGUUAAUAUUUUUGAUAUUCCAACACAAUGUUAUAUUUAUUCAGCUUUUUUAUGUUUUAACUAUUUUCUUUUAUAGAAAUGAGCUUUGUUUUAGGUUGAAUAUUUUUCCAUAUUCUGUUAUUCGUGUAAACAACAUAUACAUUCAUAUUUUAAACUAGUUAUAAUCUCCCAUAUCCCUAAAAUGAUCCUUCCUUAAAAGAGAUUUUUCCAUCACCUCCCGUCAUGUCUUACCGCAGACCCAAAAACCUCAAAGAUAUUCUAGUUACAUCUAAAGUAUCUAAACAAGAGACAUCGAAAAUAGGAGGUUAUAAACCAUGCGGAAGAGGCAACUGUAAGUGCUGCAAAGUCACCAACAUCGAAACCCAAUUGUCAGCACAGUCACAAAAAAUAAACACAACAUAUUUAUAACAAAACGCAAAAUUGUAUUUAUGUUCUAACGUGUGGAACUUGCAAGGUGCAAUAUCUUGGUGAAACAGAAGUACCAUUCAACAUCAGAUUGAAUAACCAUCGGUCAUUUUAUACAAAAGAAAGAAACUGCCCAAUAACAAGACAUUUUUUAAGAGAAGGGCAUAAUUUUGAAAAUGUCACAUUUCAAAUCAUUGACAAAAACCAAAAUUGGGACACGCAAGGGAGACAAAAGAGAGAGAGAUUUUGGAUGCACCAGUUACAGACUCUUAAACCUGAUGGACUAAAUGAGAGGGACGAGAAAAGAUUUUAAAACAAAUCAAAACAAUAAUCUUGAAAUUCAUACACUUUAUACAAUAUCAAUAAAUAUGUUAAACUCUUUUUCCAACUGUGUGUAGUUAAAGCUAUACAAAUAUGUUUUGUCAGCAUGUAUCCGAUUUCACCUGGAUAGAUGCACACACCUGAUGAAGCUAGUUUUUCUAGCGAAAUAUUGCGUUUAUUUAUUUAAAAUCGAAUAGAACUUUUUAUGCCCCCGCCGUAGCGGUGGGGGCAUUAAGUUUUACCCUUGUCCGUCUGUACGUACGUCCUAAAAUUGGUUUCCGUUCUCUAACUUGAGUUUGCCUCAACCAAAUGUUAUGAAAAUUAUACACAAUGCUUAUUACCACAAAACACAGAUCUAGUAUGAAUUUUGGUGGAGUCAAUUUAACCGUUCUAGAGUUAUGCCCCUUUAUAAAUGGAAAAAUUGCAAAAUUUUUAGUUUCCAUUCUCUAACUUAAGUUUGCCUCAAUCAAAUGUUAUGAAACUUAUACACAAUGCUUAUUACCACAAAACACAGAUCAAGUUUGAAUUUUGGUGGCAUCACUUUGACUGUUUUAGAAUUAUGCCCCUUUAUAAAUGGAAAAAUUGCAAAAUUUUUAUUCUCUUCUAAACAUCAGGUAAUUUUUAAAAUUGGAGUUAUCUUCCUUUGUCCAUGAUUAUAGUUGAAUCAACUACAAUCAAUGCUUUAUACAAUGCAAUGUUUAAUUUUUACUUUCACUGAUAAAACACAGAUCAAGUUGAAUUUGGGUAGUGUCACUUUAACCAUCAUUGAGUUAUGCCCCUUUAUAAAUCAAAAGAUUGCAAAAUUUUUAGUUUCCAUUCUGUAACUUAAGUUUGCCCCAACCAAACAUUAUGAAACCUAUACACAAUUUCAUUACUACAAAAUUAAGAUCAAGUACAAAUUUUUUGUUUCCGUUUUCUAACUUUAGUUUGCCUCAACCAAAUGUUAUGAAACUUAUACACAAUGGUUAUUACUACAUAAUACAGAUUAAGUACGAAAUUUGAUGGCGACCCUUUUACCAUCCUUGAGUUAUGUCCCUUUAUAAACAUAAAAAUUGCUGAAUUUUUCGUUUCCGUUCUCUAACUUUAGUUUGUCUCAACCAAAUGUUAUAAAACUUGUACACAACCGUUCUAGAGUCAUGCGUAAUUACAAAUAGAAAAAUUGCUAAAUUUUUAGUUUCUGUUCUCUACUUAAGUUAACCUCAACCAAAUGUUAUGAGACUUACAUACAAUGCUUAUUACCACAAAACUCAGAUCAAGUUCAAAUUUGUGUAGCGUCACUUUUACCGUUCUUCAGUUAUGUCCCUUUAUAACUAUAUGAUAUGCAAGCGGGGGCAUCAUCUGUGUCCACAUGUGGACACUAUCCACAUUUAUUUAAUGUAUCAAUUAGCGUGUUUAAGUUAUAUUCUUAGUCAUUAAUAUAUAAUUUUUUUUAUAUAAAAAUUGCAGAGAUAUACAUGUACAUUGUAAAGGAUGAUGCUUUAUAAUUAAUUAUUCUAUAUCUGUCCUGUA